UUAUGAAAACAUACAGUAUGAUUUGUGAGAGUCGACUAAUUAUAGUACGAUCUACUCAUACAAGAAUUGGCCGGUGACAGAUCUUUUACUUUCGAUAUUAUACUUAGUCGACAGUGGACAGUAUUUCUACUGUUUCAUGUUGCAGUGAUUGUGAUGUAGUCAUAAAGGAGAAAUUAACAUUUUAGAGAAAAGGUGUAUCCUGGAACUGAAAAUGGCGGCUUCCAUCAUCGAUGACUGGCAGUCCUGUCGGAACAUACAGUAUUGCAAUAAACACAUGUGGACCAGUCAGAUUGCUUGUGACAUAGACUUUUUGGUUGGGGAGAACAAGGAGAGGUUAUCAGCACACAAAUAUGUUCUAGUUAGUCGAAGUUGUGUCUUCUUUUCUAUGUUCUGUGGACCCCUGGCUGAGACACAAAGGGAAAUAACUCUACCAGAUAUUGAACCACCCGUAUUUAAAGCAUUGGUCGAAUUUCUGUACACAGACAGUGUUGACUUACAACCAGACAUUGUGCUCCCAUUGUUAUACGCAGCCAAAAAGUACUCAGUCCAGGCUCUGGUGAAGCAGUGUAUUCAGUUCUUAGAGCUCGAUCAGACAACAGAAAACAUCUGCGCCAUUCUGGAACAGUCCCAUCUGUACGACGAACACGAACUCCAGCGGAAGUGUAUGAUCUAUAUCUGUCGACACACAAAAGAUGUCCUAGAAUCGGAAGACUUUCUUCAUCUGUCUCCCACAUGUUUGGAAGUGAUUUUAUCCAGUGAUGAGCUGCAGGUUGAUGAGAAAUCGGUUCUAGAUGCCGCAUUAAAAUGGGCCAACUUUAGGUGUAAGGAGACAGGUUUGGAUGUCAAUGCAGAGAACCAGAGAAAGGUACUGGGGAAUAUUAUCUAUCAGGUUAGGUUUCCUUUACUUGGAGAUCAAUAUUUCACAGAAGUUGUUGCUGAUAUGGACAUCCUGAAUGAUGCUGAAAAAGUGGAACUUUUCAAAUUCUUCUUCAAGAAAGAAAGAAACAAGAAAUGCAAGUUUAGUUCAAUAAACAGGUACUCGGGAUUAGACUCUCCCACCUCCAUGACUGCAUCUUUCCACUCCGAUGUAAACGACAGUCGUCCAAUUCAAACCUGUAUCCGGUACCAGACUGUGUACGAGGACGGGUCCUGGUACUGCGGUGGAGAACCGGAUGCUAUUUCCUUCACCUGCAGUGAGAAGAUAAUGCUUCACGGAAUUCUCGUAUAUGGAUCGUACAUUGGUGAAGGAGUGUAUGAUGUGACGUGCUCUAUUUAUGACACUAUGGAGAUUGAAAAGGUUUCCAGGAAAACCCGACUGCGGACCAGCGAGAGCCAGCACACAUACCCGGUUCUCCUGGAAACUCCGAUUGAAAUUAGAUCAGGGAAGAAGCAUUCUUUAGUGGUGAAGCUAAUCAGCUCUGACGGCCUAGACACUUACCAAGGGAAGAACGGCCUCAGCACGGUUACCUGCUCAGGUGUGCGCUUUAGUUUCAGUAAGUCCAAGUUCAGUCGAAAUGGAACUGAUGUGAAGAUUGGUCAAAUUCCAGGCAUUCUGUUUACAAGUCAGGUCGACAUUUCAGAUGAAUAUGAUUCAACGUAAUCACUUUGUGUACCGAACGGUAUUCUGCGUAAACAGUGCGUAAAUACUGCAUCAUAUUCUUGUGUAGCCGUAAUAUUUCCCUAUACACAUGUAGUGUAUAUAUAUAUGCAGAUGAAAAUAUGUAAUUAUGAUGCAUAUAAUGAUUUAUGCUUUGAAUUCGUGCAUUUAUAUGGGUGAAAACAAAUUUUUUUUUUUUUUAGUCUGCUCAGACGUUUAUUUAACCAAAUGAUGGGUCAUGAUUCUGAACCAAAAGCAUACAUACACAUGUAUAUACACACAUGUAUACACACUUCUCUGUGGAGCAGGGAGGCAUCUGACACAUAAAUACUACAACUAAAGGUUGCUCAUGAUUUUAAUGUGUCGUGGCUAUCAAUCUAAGUAAUUUGUAGGUACCUGUAGUGCAGAAUAUCAUAGAUAUUUCACAUUCAGGUAUGCAGUGUUCCAAAAAUCCCAGGUUGGGAUAUAUGCUUUGUGUGUCAGCUCAAUAUGCAUGUACAUGUAUUGCAAAACUUGAUGAAAAGUGGGCCAGUAGCUGGAUAUACAUGUACGGUGUACCAUUCAUGUUUUUGCUACUUAAAGCUAUUUAAAGCUUUGGUAUGGCUUCAAACUACAAGGCAGAAACAUUUUUGUUCAAGAAAUAAAAAAAUAAAUACCUAAUCACAGGGGAAAUAUAUAAUGUCUUCCAUCUUUCACAGUUCUCUAUGUUCUAGUCAUGGAUGUGUUUCAGUUUUUAUUAAGGAGUGGAAUUAAUAGAAAAGUAUGGUACAUGUAUUGUUUUUAAGAUGAAAAUGUCACAAUGCCAUAUAUGUAGGAUGUUGAUUAUCAAUGAAAAAUAACACAAGUUGCUCAACCAAUCAAACUGCAUAUUACAAACAAAAUUGAAUCAUAUGCAAGUAGAUUUUUAUGUUGGUUGUGAAUGAAUAAUAAUGUUUAUGUACAUUUCAUUAUAUAUAGCAAAUAAAUGUAACAAUACACAC